GCUGCGGAGGGACGGAGCUGUGCCUGUGCCUGUGCCUGCCCCUGCCCCGGCCCGGCCCCGGCCCCGGCCCCGCUGCCCCGCAGCGAGCGCGGCGGGACCGCCCCGAGCGCCUCCGGAGCGCGGCCGCGGGGAGAGGGGCGGGCGGGGCGGAGCGGAGCCCGGGGGCGCGAUCGGACACGACGGCGAGGAGGCAGGAGAGGAGGCAGGCGAGGAGAGCGCGGCGCGCCGGGCACAGCUGUGCGCUCCCCGCGUCCUCAGGAUGAAGAUGGUCAGUGUCCUGCUGGUUUCACUCUGGCUGUCCGUGGUCACCCUCAGCAGAGGCUCAGAGCGCUGCGAUGACUGGGGUGUGGACACCAUGAAGCAGAUCCAGAUUUAUGAUGGGGAACCUGCCAAAAUCAAAUGCCCGCUCUUUGAGACCUUCUUGAAGUACAACUAUAGCACAGCCCAUUCUGCUGGCCUAACCCUGAUCUGGUACAGGAUCGCUCAGGACCGCGAGCUGGAGGAGCCCAUUAAUUAUCGUCUCCCUGACAAUCACAUCAGUAAGGAUAAGGACACCCUUUGGUUCUGGCCUGCUCUUCUCAAUGACACUGGGAAUUACACCUGCAUGCUCAGGAACACAACCUACUGCAGCAAAGUUGCUUUUCCCUUGGAAGUUGUCCCAAAAGACCAGCACUCUUGUGUGAGCCAUUCCAUAAAACCCACUGAGGAGAUGUUCUACUUGGAGCAUGCCAAUCAGAAGAUCACAUGUCCAGAUAUUGAUGGGUUUUACCCUGCCAGUGUGACACCAACUGUCAAGUGGUACCUGAACUGCAACUCGGUGGAUGGCUUCUAUGAACGAUAUCCCCAAGGGCCCAGGCUUGUCAUUGGCAUUGUCCGCAGUGCCUAUAAAGGGAAUUACACUUGCAUUGUGACAUUCAAGGACCACGGAAGAACCUAUAAUCUCACCAGAACCGUAAAGAUGAAGGUGGUGGGAUCUCCAAACAAGGCCUUGCCACCACAGUUCACCUCUCCAAAUGAGAAAGUUGUGUACGAACUGGAAGCAGGUGAUGACCUUAUCCUGCCCUGUGAGGUUUUCUUCACAUUCCUGAAGGACUCCCGGACCGAGGUGUGGUGGACCAUAGAUGGGAGAAACACAGAUGACAUCACGGACCCCAAGAUAAAAGUCACACAAAGUGAAAUUAUGAGAGAUUUUGAAGACAAGACUCUGGUAAGGACUCUAACAGUUGCAAAAGCCACAGCGGAGGAGCUGAAGCGGAAUUACACUUGCCACGCCAGGAACGCCAAGGGCGAGGAGCGCAGCCAGGCCGUGGUGCGCGUGAAAGUUGUAGCACCCAAGUACACUGUGGAGCUGGCCUGUGGCCUGGGGGCCACCAUCCUGCUUGUCGUGGUGCUCAUAGUCAUCUAUCACGUGUAUUGGCUUGAAAUGGUCCUCUUCUAUCGGGCUCAUUUUGGAACGGAUGAAACCAUUCUAGACGGGAAGGAGUACGAUGUGUACGUGUCCUACGCGCGCAACGCGGAGGAGGAGGAGUUUGUGCUGCUGACGCUGCGGGGAGUCCUGGAGAACGAGUUCGGGUACAAGCUGUGUAUCUUCGACAGAGACAGCCUCCCUGGGGGAAUUGUCACAGAUGAAACCCUGAGCUUCAUCCAGAAAAGUCGACGUCUGCUUGUUGUCCUGAGCCCCAACUACGUCUUGCAGGGGACACAGGCCCUGCUGGAGCUCAAGGCUGGCCUAGAGAAUAUGGCCUCCAAGGGCAACAUCAAAGUCAUUCUAGUGCAGUACAAAGCCAUCAAGAAGAGCAAAGUGAAGGAGCUGAAGCAGGCCAAGGCAGCCUUGAAUGUCAUUAAAUGGAAAGGCGAGAAAUCCAAGUUCCCAAAGGGCAGGUUCUGGAAGCAGCUGCAGGUGGAAAUGCCAGUGAAAAAAAUUAGCACGAGUUUAAGCCUUGAUGGGUUGAUGCAUAUCCCUGAAAAAUGUUUGACACAAUCAGAAAACAAACCAAAACACACCUCAAAAAUCCACAAGUUAGGCCAGGGAGUAGGGAGGAACUCAGGGUUUUUUCCAUGAAGGACCAUGUCCCAAGCAUUUCAGAGGAUAGUCAUGUUUUCCCUGUAGCUUUGAUAUUGCUCUGUCAUUAGAGAGACCGAAGAUGCAAACACCAGCUUUCUGUACAUGUAUGUCCUUGUUAUCAACCACACAAGCCCUGGGCUUAAGGUCUAAAUUUGCUAUCUAGGUGGGAUGCAUCCAGCACCUUGUGAUAGCAUGGCCAGUACUCCUAGAUCCAGUUCCUAUGGGACCUUCAUUAGCAUCCAGGACAGAGCUUCUUUCUAGUCCUAAGUAACUUCACUCCUUUCUGGUCCUCAGUCCCUGUUGCAGAGGCUGAGGAACAAUUUGCAGGGUGGCUCCAGUGUAGAGCCUUUCCUGCAUGUCCCAGGUCUGUAGUCCCAGUCACUUGGGGGAAUCACAGACUCCUGCUGCACUGUAGGGAGCAUGGACUUUUGGUGCUCCUCAUCUUUGUUCCCCAAAUUUCCUUUGAAGCAGAUGCAUCCAGGUAGUUUGGCAAUGGGAAAUGGCUGUUACAGAAGCAUUAAAAAAACCCCCACAGCUCUACUGGGUGCUAUUUGUAUUGUAGCACAUCUAGUAACAAGUGGUCAGUCUCUGGGACUCUGCAGUCUCACAAGUGCCCCAGGUCCUUCAGAGCUGCUUGUAAUCCAGGGAAAUCUCUCAUGAGUACAGGCUGUGGAGCAUGCGAGAGAUGUUUAUUUGUAGAGUAAACUCAGGGACUUCACAAGCACUACAAGGAACCCCAAUGUACUACUGAACCUGCCUAAUCUCUCUGCCACUGGCUGGGGGAAAGCAUCGUGCAAGGUGCUUCCAAGGUCUUAGGAAUUACAUGGAUAUAAGUCCAACUCAGAAGGACACUCCAGAAACUUACUUGAACUUCCUAAAAACUACUAGUUCUGUCCAUGUAGGUAAGACUGUGAGGACAGGCUGAGAAAGCUGGGGAUUUUCUCCCUGGAGAGGGCUCCUGGGAGACCUUUUUGUGGCCUUUCAGUGCUUAAAGGGAGCUUGUAAGAAAAAUGGGGUCAGAUUUUUAGUAGGGCCUUUUGCAAUUACCCCUUUAUGAACAAGGGGUAAUGGUUUUAAACUAAAAGAGAGUAGAUUCAGACUACAUUUAAGGAGGACAUCUUUUACAAUGAGGGUGGUAGAACACUGGCACAAGUUGCCAAGGGAGAUGGAUACCCUAUCUCUGGAACCAUUCAAGGCCAGGUUGGACUAGGUUGUGAGUAAUCUGAUCCAGCUGAAUAUGUCCCUGCUUAUUGCAGGGAGGGUGGCCUUUGAAGGUUCUUCCCAACCCAAAUUAUUCUAUGAUUUUAUAAAGACUCUGUCUUCAAUGCCUGAUUUUGAGCAACGUUGCCAUUCCUAAUUCAGGGUUUAGGUUUAAACUAGCUUUGGCUUUACAAAGCAAGUCUCUCCCAAUCUUGAUUCCCGCCCAAAGCUGCAGAACAGAGAGUGUAUCUCAGCUUCUGCAACAUUUGCACAAAACAGAAGCACAAAAUCCCACUGUGUAGGUGUCCUUGUUCCAGCAGGAGAGAGCAUGGUGAGUUACCCCCAUCACACAGUUCAUGCUGAGGAGGAGAGUUUAAUCUCUCUUGUAGGACAAACCAAAGCACAGUGGGGCCCUGGCAUUGACUGGUGCUCUGGUUCACAAUGUUUUCAAAUAAACUUCAGGCUCAGGGGAUGUCUCCAUACUCCUGCAGCUCUUAGUGCAAAGACCUGCCCACUUAAUUGUGGAGUUCAGUAUUACACACACCAAGUGCAUACUUAUUUUUAUUGCUGAUGGUUGCUCCUGAGUCACCUUUGACUCAUGCAUUUGUUCUGCUGGUGUCCAGUGCGUGAGGCAUAAGCAUUCAUAAUGACACUAUAAAAGCACUACAAUUAGGAGUCUAUGCACUAUUCACCCAGCUGAGCUGGGAGCUUUGAGGGCAUCCCAGUAAAAAGCCCAGCCUUAAAGGUGUGGGACUGAAUGGUGUCAGGAAAACCUUUUGCCCUUAGCAUUUUAUGAUUAAUAAUGUUAUUCCAGGGCUGCAGGGGGCUACAGCCCCCCAUGCCCUUAGUCAGGUACUGUGUGUCAUGUUUAGGAAUGGUACCCCACAAUUCAGGGCUCCCCCUGAAACCAUGUGCCCCUCAUUUCCCCCCCUCUCCCUCCUUCUGCAGAGGGAGGGAGAGGAAAAUUGGAGGCACAAAAGGUAAAGAUCCUGCCAUGAGAUAAGAAAAAUUUACUGGAAACAGCAAUGAGAUAAGAAAAUGAACAUUAACAACAACAAUACUGGUGAUAGAGGGUACAGGAAAUUAGUAAUUCUCAUGGAAAAACCCCCUGGCAAUUGACCAUAUCCUUCUGCUGCCCUGCACUGGCCCAGCUGCGCUGUGCUGGGACCCUUUCUCUCCAAAAGAGACCCCUUUCCCUCCACCCUUGCAAAUGAAAGGUGGUAUAGAAUAACUUCAGUGUCCUGGACAUGCCCCCUCCUGACUACUGCAAAAACUAACCCUGUCCUGGCCGGAACCAGGACACUGUACAGAUGUGUAACAAAUAGGGCUUCUUUCUUACUGUCCUCUUCAUCUUUCCCACCCCAAGUAAGCUUUGAUUUAAGCAGGUAAAAUAGCAGUCAGCUUCACUGGAGGCAGUGGAGCUCCUCAUCUGCUUCGAGGUGCUUAAAAGUUUUGUUAUGAGCUUUUCUACUGUGGUUGUCUGUGGAGGGCCAGAGCUGCUUCCCACACUCCAGAAAACUUCAUUUAGAAGAGAUAGCACGCAAACCCGUGCUCAGCUUUGUGAACCCAUCGCAACCCUGUCAUUGUGCCCAGCUUCACCUUUUUGUUUGUGUUUUAAGCAUCUCUGUGAUCAGCUGCCAGAUCUGCAGGCAGAGGGAAGGCCCUGAAGCCAAAGCAGAGCUGUGUUAGGUUCCCAUAUGAUUUUUAAAAGAUUGACUCCCAAAUACUCAUAAAUUGAAUUGACAUCCCAGACUUCACUACAUCACAUCUCACUUUUGCCUGAGAUACCAAGAGAUUUUAUGAUGAGAUUUUAAUAAGUAUGAUUAUUUUAGGAAGUUAAAUCAACCUUGUAAAUUUUGCUGAUUUUAUUGAAAGAGUUUUCCAAAUAAUUAAUAGACCUGGACUUUCUCAGGCAUACACUGCAGUGGCUUUUGGUGUCAUUGCAACCCCAGAACAGGGUUACUGAGAGACAUCAGCAGAGCAGGCACAAUGCAAAAUGUGCAAAGGUUUGGAAGGGGCCUGAGAGGUCAGAGGGAGCAGUGUGGAAGGAAGAGUCCAGAAGCAGGUUCCACUCACCCAGGAGCUUUACCACUGGCUUUGCUGGGGUAUUUCAGGCCAAGGGUAAAGUCCAGUCCCAACUGUAAAGUAGAUCUGCAAGUGCCUCAGAGACGCCUGUCAUUUCAUUCUAUGCCAUAUGCGGUUUCCAUUGUGGGAUUCUGUCACAGCAUCCAUCUGAAUCAGUUGAUUCAUUUGAGUUUCUGUGCUCUAACCUAACAUUUAUCAAUAUGCAGCUCAUGCAAAGUUCCUCAUUGUUUGUCAUCGGGAAACAGCGUGGCACAAAUUGGAAAAAAUAUCUUCCCUUCCCGUACUGUUUGAUGUUGUACAGCUGUUCCAGAGUUUUCCCUUUUCUGUAUGUUUUUGCCUUUGUGUGAUUUGGUUUGUGAAGUGUCAGUAUUAUUUUAUUUUGCUUUUCAAUAAAACAUUUUCAUUUUUGCAUUUCA